AUGAGCAGGAACACGAGCCUGCUGUGCCAGAAUGUUCUGUCUGUGGACCGACCAAACAACCUAGAUGAGGAAGCUUAUUUGUGUCCAUUAGAGACCGCUUACGUCAGGCCCCUUCGUGCCCAGAACACUGAGGGAAAAUGGCGUGUCGUUGUAAACAAUAUCGAUGCCCAUUAUCAGACUCUCACUCAGACUACACGCAUCGAAGAGUGUCUCACUUCCGGCGAUGCAUGUCCUCUGGUGCCUGACUGCUACGUGUCCAAGUGUCUGCAGAAGUCCAUCUACCACCGUUUCCUUAUCUACGACCCCUACGAUCAGUACUUUCCCUUCGCCAUCGAGACACUCAAGCUUCCCGCCAGUUGUGCUUGUCUCUUUGGUGCCUACACCAUCGGUCAUUAA